AUGUUAUGUACAUACAAAAACAGAGGGAAGAGAAUUCCCAGCUUCAUCGAGCACCAGCUCACGGUCCCCCUCCCUUCAUGUGUCCCCUCCGCCCACUCCCCACACCCAGUCCUGGGUCUAUAUGCCGUGAACCCCGGCAGGUCGCUGUUCCUGCUCUACACCCUCAAGAGCUCCCCCAGGCUCGGCCUGCUGUACCUCUACCUGUUCGACUACACGGACACCUUCCUGCCCUUCAUCCACACCAUCUGCCCUCUGCAGGAAGGCGGCUCCAGCGAGGACAUCAUCACCAGGCUGCUGGAUCUGAGGGAGCCCACAUGGAAGCAGUGGAGAGAAUUCCUGGUGAAAUACUCCUUCCUUCCGUACCAGCUGAUUGCCGAAUUUGCUUGGGACUGGCUGGAGGUCCAUUACUGGACGUCACGGUUUCUCAUCGUCAAUGCCAUGUUACUCUCAGUUCUGGAAUUAUUCUCCUUUUGGAGGAUCUGGUCAAGAAGUGAACUGAAGUAAGUGUGUUUUUAUGUUGGAGGUGGUUG